AGUGUUGAGUUGCCAUCUAUUGAGACAUUAGUAACACUCAAAGCAUUGCAUUUAAAAAACAAUUACCACUUCUUCAGUCAUACGUCUAAUGACUUCAUAAAGUCUUUAUUUAGACAAAUGUCACGCAAAGUGUCUCAAAAUUGGUCCGACAUUUGGAUCCAACCGUCAUUUGAUUCACCCAUCAAUGAGACCAAACAAUUGUCACGAAAGCGACAAAUCAAUGAAGAGGUCUCUUGUAAUGACAAUAGUGAUGACCGACUGAUACUCGACUCGAUUGUCACCAAAGAUAGCAAGGAUUUGGCGUUAAGUACACAAAAAUGUCGACAACUGAUGGAUUGGUUUAGGUCUCAAUUCAAAGACAAGACUUGUUUGUCAAAGUUUUUACUAUUGAAUGGCCCGACGGGAACUGGUAAGACUACUUCAGUCAAAGUAUUGGCAAAAGAGUUUAACGUUGAAGUGAUUGAAUACAAGCCUUACAGUCAGCACUUGGAGACAGUUCUGGACGAAGCGCUUACUGAAAGACGUGAUUAUGGAUUGCAAUCAAUGAAUCAAAUCGACAACUUUAAGCAUUUUAUUUACCAAUCUGUUAGAUAUAGAGACCGACUUGUUAUUGAUGAACAAACUAAUAGAUCCACUGUUUGGUCAAAUCGUUUAAUUUUGAUCGAAGACUUUCCUAACAUUUUUCACAUCAAACCCGAAACACUACAUAAAGAGUUAAGACUUUUGAAUAAGCGAUUUGGCAAUAGUUUGGUUCCCAUUGUUUUUAUUAUAUCGGACACAACUAAUGGACAAUCAGAUGAAUAUAAACUUUUACCAAAACAACUCCAACACGAUCUCAGAUUUAUUACAAUUAAUUUUAAGCCCAUAACUGAUAAUUCAUUGCAGAAGAUUCUUGAGCGAACUUUUGGCAAUAAAUUAUCAACAAAUGAAUUGAAAACAAUUAUUGGCGUUUCAUCGGGUGAUGUAAGAAAUGCCUUAAACAAUAUGCAACUUAUUUAUAAACAUUUAAAUGAAGACAACAAAUGUGAUAAAAAUACUAAACGAUUGCGAAAAGCAAAAACAGAUAUAAAGCCUACAUUUGAUUACGUGUCCAGAGAUUCUUCAUUAACCGUAAGCCAUGCCAUCGGGAAAGUACUUUAUGCUAAACGUUUGGACACAAAAUACAAUAACAAAAAAACUUGUGAAUUACCAACACAUUUGGUAGCCUAUGAUCGAAGGCCACCACUCAGUGAUUGUCCCGAAAGUAUUGCCGAUAAGUUGGUUGUGUCCAGUGAUGUAUUUAACGGAUGGCUUCACCAAAACUACAUUGAUUUGUGUGAUAAUCUGGAAAAUGCAGAGAAAUGUAUUGAUUGGUUGUGUCAAUCGGACUCUCUAUUCUCAGGGGAACAACAUUUCUAUAAUAAAACUAUUUUUGAUUCAUAUCAGUCAGUGAUAGCAAUUCGCGGCCUUAUGUUUAACAUAUCAAGUGAUGAAAGUGAUUCACAAGAGUCAGUCAGUGGAUCCACAAAUAUUAAACAAAACAAAAGUCAUCGUAAAUUCAAACCUUUUGAAAAACCGCAAACAUUUGCUGUCAAUCGUAGUAUAGAGUCAUUGAAGCAACAAAUCAGUCAAUUAUCUGAAAAUACUGUCUUCUCGAGUAUUAAUACUCUUAUUUUAGAUUAUAUGCCAUAUCUUUCAUUACUUCCUCAACGUUUACAUUCAGUUGACAGUCAUUUUAAGAAUAUAUUGGAUAAAGUCGUCCGAUUUGAUCAUAAAGAAAGCCAUUUUGAUGAACAACAACUCUGCGAUUCAUUUUCUCAGUCUUUAAACGGAAAUUAUAUUAAUUUUUCAAAUAAUUUACAAAAAUCUUGUAAUAAUUGCAAUGACGACCAGUUUGUCAUUGAAUAUGAAGAUUCCGAUUGA